AUGGCGCAGCAGUCACCCGAAGCGACGAGAAAGACGGCUUUGGGCGGGGAGAUAGGCAUGACGGCAAUAUGGGACGAAGCCAUCGAUGGUUUCAAAGAUAUCUGUGGCGAGUCCCUUCUCAGAGGUGACGUGAAGUCUUUCGACGAUGUGCAGAAGAAGAUUGAGAGCGUCAGCAAGGUUGCAGGUGGCUUCGACCCCGAGCAGGAAGAGAAGUGGGACAAGGCGAAAAGAGUCGGACUCGACUCGCUGAAGUACUUAAAGAUGCUUGUCGGAGUCGCCUCCAAAGCUUCUUCGCUUGGGUUUGUCCCUGCCGGGGCCGCGGACAUCACCAGUAACGCGCUUUGCUUUGUGUUCGACAUUCCUUUAGCCAUCAAGGGCUACCACGAUGCCAUCAAUGACGUCUUCGGAAAGGUGUCGACGUCCCUGUCUCAGUUUCGAAUUUACGAUUCAAUGGAAAGUAUCGACGCGUCUCUCGACGGUUUACUCCUCCAGGAAAUUCGGACCGUCAUGGUCAGCUUCGUCAAGCUGUGCGCCCACGUGGUCAAGUACCGGCAGGGGAGCAGGUGGAAAAGGUUGCGACAAGAUUUCAAGUCGAUCUUUGACGAUGACUCCGGCCUGAAUGGAGAGAUGACCAAGUUCAAGGACGCCCUACAGCGGAAGCAUGAAAUCGAGGGAACCAUCACGCUCGCUCAGGUGGUUGACACGCGGAAGGACAUGGUGCAGAUUCUUGAGCAGUUCAUCGUCUUCAACAAGACAUUUGAGGAGACACAGAAAAGACUGCAGUCCUUCAAAGAUGACACCGACCGGAAAAAGGCCCUCGAAAGGAUCCGUGACAGCCUCAGCGUGCCGUCCACAGUACGUCUGGACACAAAGUCCACGCAGACUUGCACCAACAUAUUCGCGAAGUGCUUCAAUGGUACUGGAUCAUGGAUAACAGAACAUAAAUCGUAUAAGUGUUGGACAGAGUCGAAGGAUCAGAAGGAGACCUCUCACGUCCUCAUUGUGUCGGGGCCACCGUCCUCGGGCAAGUCCUCGGUCUCAGCCAUAAUUACCAAGCGCCUAGAGGAGUCCAAGGACCGCACAUACGUCGCACACUACUUUUUCCCAGCCAGUGCGAAGAGAUCAGAAGAUGAGAGAGAUAGCGUGCGCUAUGUCUUGAAAUAUAUGGCCUUCCAGAUCGCGAGGGUCGACGACAGCGUACGGAAGGCACUGAGCAAAGCAUGCGAUGAGGGUUCCGUCACGCUAAGGGGAACGGCGAGCCUUGAACGCCUAUGGACGGACCUGAAGAUUGGAGCAACGGGGUCGGGGGCCACAUACUAUCUUGUAUUCGACGGCCUGGAGAACCUGCCAGAUCGCCAGGCUGAAAUGCUGGUCAACUUGAUAUUCAGCUCGAAGCUGGCGGGGCAACCGAUGAGGCGUGUGCGCGUGCUUUUGAGCGGGAUGGACAAGUCCUUGAGCGGUCCCAGCAUGGGGAACGCGCUACGGGUCCGAAUGGAGCAGUACAAUGGGCCAGACAUGCGCAUCAUCAUCAAUGAGCAGCUCAGCAUCCGAGGGCUGCUGCAGCAUGCGGAGCCCGGCUCGGACCGGGAAAUGGCAAGGGAGAAGGUUCUCGACAAAUUACCGAAGAGCGUGGGCGGAAGUUAUUCCCUAUUGAAAUUCGGGAUGGACAACGUGAUUCGUAUCUUGAGCACGCGUACGGCUAUCAAGGACUUGGACAAGAUGCUGACAGGAUCAAUCAACAGUCACGAGGUGGCUAUCAAUCAGUUGCAACGCUCCUUGACGGGGCAAGAGAUCAGUGACCUCAACGAGCUGCUGAAAUGGGUUCUCUUCAGCAAGACAGCUUUGACCUUGGACCAGCUGGAGUCUGCUAUGUAUCUCUCCUCAGGCAUAAAGUCUCCUCUAGCGUCGCUGGAAUACAUAAUCACCAAUAAAUACUCAGCCGUCCUCAAGAUCGACGGUGACUGCGUCUACGGCCAGGACAAUGUCGAAGGCUACGUCAGAAGGAAGGCACCCGACUCUGGCAGGUCCUCGCGGCCAACAAUCAGUAUGUCGAUCAAGAUCAAUGACGUGGACCAGGAAAUGUGCGGGCACUUCUUCUGGGACCUUGCACAACAGGCGAUUCGGCACAACUUCAAGUUUGAUUUCGACGCCGCCUCGAACACCAGCCACAACACCAUCGACGUGGACGAAUUUGAGGCUCACCACACCAUCGUGACGCGGGCUUUGGAUUACCUGACAGACGAGCCUACAGGCCAAACCAAAGUUAUUGGACCGUUUCUCGUCUUCUGGCUGCCGUACCACCUGGACCGGCUCCGCCACCUUGAGGACGAAGAGAAGGGUAGCCUGAUGCCUGGCCAGAGGCUGGAGAUUGGACGAAGUCUGUACAACUUGUUCAAGGAUGAACAAGUCUUUACACGACACAUGGAAAGUUUCAAGACAACAUACUGGACCGAGGAAAAAAUAAGGCAGGUCAAGACGUGGUUGAUGGACUCGGCGGUUCAACUGCGGAGGCUGGCGCCGAAGUGGCUCGAUGAGGUACAGGAAGCGAAUCCAGACACCAAAAACCUCUCAGAUAACACCACUGAUGGUGAUGCAAGUUCAUCUAGCUCCAGUGUCAGCUCCUCCGCCGAGAUCGACUGGGGGGAACCCUCGAUUCCCUCUGACAAGCCCUCAGACAAGGGAGCCCCAGCUGGCUGCUACCGCGGCAUUGGAGAAACCUAUUUUUGCCUGGACAAAAUCCCGGACGCCAUCGCGCAGGUAGAAAUGGCGCUUGAUAAAGCGGACCAAGACGGUGCCACGCCAAAGCCCGACAAGCAUGACUUCGCCGAUUUGCAUUUAAGGCUGGGCGAGUAUUCUUACAAAGCCGAGGAUACGCAAAAGGCCGCGCACCAUUACCAGGAAGCGUGCAUGAGUGACGAUGAAGGUCAGGUGAUGAAAGGACAACUGGGACACGUGAAAGCCGUGUUGGACCUCCCGGACCCUGAGGUGAAAGUGACGCUUUUUCAAAGCUUACUGACUCAUGAAGAUGGAAAGGGGAGCAUGGUCAAUGUUCUCAAGAUGAUCGCGCGAGACGGCGAUCGUGAUCAUAUCAUGUCCAAGAUAUUUGCGGUGCCGAGGGGUCAUCGAGAUCUUUUCAAAGGCAUCGUUCGAGCUCUGGAAACGGCGACGGCCAAUGCUGAGCUCGGUGCGUACCGGGCAUCAGAGCCGCUGAGCGAUGCACGCUUUGCCGAAGACGAAUCCCGCGGCGUGUUGCUUUACUAUAGGGCCAUUGCGGCAUACAAGCACGAGGUCUCACCAGGGGAUAUCGAACCCGUCGGCGCGGCUGUGAAGCUGUGGUUGGAAUGCCGGGAUCAGCUCUCUGGCGUUGGAGGUUCCAAUGCCUCUGUCGUGAGACAGGAUGCCACCAGGGAGCUAGCCAAGCACUAUUUCCACAACAUGGUGGACGGAGAGCACCGGGACGACAUCGGCACGUUGUCCGAACUGGCCGGCGUCGAUUCUAAGAUUACCAUCACCGACCCCUCGAGCUAUCUUGCCGCCUUGUACGCUCUGCGUCGUGACCACGUUCAGUCCAGGGCAAUUCUGGGCCCACGGAUCAAAUUCGCGUUAUGGAUUCUCUCGGAUGAGGUGCCCGAGAACGACAGAUUGGGAUUCCAAAUCAUCUCCAGCACACUGCCGCAAUAUGGCGACCUCAAGAACGCGGCCGUUGCUGUGUCUCUAUCGGGCCAGCCGGAUCUUGUGACUGAAGCAUUGUGUUUCGAGCCACAUGACAUUGCCGAAGUCGAGGGCACGGAAAAGGAUCGAGGAAUGGACAUCCUUACCAAGCUAUCCCGAGAAACUGUCAAGGCUGCCCAGGCCCAGGUUCCGGACGCCUCGCAGCAGCUACGACGGUUGGAGGCCGCCAAAUUGCAUAUCGAAUCUGUUCUCGAUGACAUACAGACAAAAGUCAAUGCGGAAGACCCGAAGACUGUACGGAUCCCAAAUGAAGUGAGAGCCUUGGAGAGCGACGAGAAGAUCCUGGAGAUUUUGUACGCGGAAGAGGGGGAGGGACAGGAGACUACGGUCGAGGAGUGGAAGGCGGCCUUAGCCAAAGAAUGGGAUAUUCGAGACUAG